AUGGGGCUGGACGACAACGCCUGGUGCGCAUAUCACAGGUGUAGAGGUCACUCCACGGAGAAAUGCUUCCGCUUAAGAGAUUUAAUCGAAGAACUAAUCAAAAGCGGACACCUUCGCAAAUUUAUUGACGACGCCGCCCAAGGGCGAGUUGUCGUGCCAAAAGCUCCCCGGCAGGAGCCACGAGACCCUCCUGGGCCAAACAGAGAGCCUCCCAAGGGGAGGAUCUCCGUAAAUACAAUAGCGGGGGGAUUCUCAGGCGGGGGCGAAUCAAGCUCAGCAAGGAAAAGGUAUGUACGCCGAGCCAUCUCGGAGAUAUACCUCGUAAGUCAACCCCAGCCAUUAGACGUACCGGAUUUGGCAUUCACGGCAAAGGAUGGUUUGGAGGUAGCACCCCACGACGAUGAUCCCUUAGUGAUACAAGUCCAAAUUUUGAACUGUGAUGUGAAAAGAGUACUGAUAGAUUCGGGGAGUUCAGCGGACAUUAUGUACUGGGAAGCUUUCAAGGCCAUGCAAUUAGCAGAAGAGCAAUUGCAACCAUACUCCGGAACCCUGGUUGGGUUCUCUGGCGAACAAGUGGACCGCAAGCGGGAAAUUCGAAAGAAGACAAGCCGCAACUCCAGGCGGCAUAAACAUGAUAGAGAGCGCAGAUAUGGAUCCAAGGGAGGAAUUCCAAGAUCGAAGGGUAAGCCCUAUAGAAGACCUGGAGCAGGUUCAAAUUGGCGAUUACCCUCACCAGACAACUAG